AUGGGGAAGAUACUGGAGCAAUUCUCAUCUUCGUGGCUCCGUAUUGGAGCCCCCAAUCCAUUCCACCGUCCCUGCAGUUCCGCUGCAACAUCCGCGACGUCCAAGAAAACCACGCCCACAGAGGAUCUCUCAAUCACAUUUCCGGAUAUUCAAGAUGAAACUGUUUCUCAUAUAUUCAUUCUCAGUUGGGCUAUUCUGCUCGCAGAAUAUCAAGGAUCCACCAGCAUCGACCUUUGGGCACGGCCGACUGGAGUCCAUGCCUCAGUCUCGAAAGACUACCCGUUGCAGAUGAACGUCGGCCCAGAUAGUCUCAUUGCAGACUCACUACAAAAUGUCUCUCACAUGCAAAGAAUAAUAAGCAAAGGGGCUUUCGAUGACCAUAACCCACCAAUUCUGCCAGACACUUGGGUGUCGAUGCGUGUCCUGUGUGACUUUUCAUCUGAUAUUUUGUCUGGACAUAAAGAUUCAAUCGACGACAUUGAUGACUUGGCUGAGGGCGAGGUUCUUCGACUUGGGAUAUUUCAGCGUCUAGGCGCCCAGAUAGUCUUUCGGCUACAGUACUCGACAGCUUAUGUAGACCCUCAAGCUGCGCGGCGCUUGCUUCAUCAGCUUUCGGACCUCUCACGACAAAUUUUGAUGCAAAGUCCAGGUGAAAGGACAAACAAAGCCAUUUCUCAUCUCGAUACCAUCACUGACCUCGACCGGCAAGCCAUUAUAUCCUGGAAUACCCCCUCAUUCCCCUUGAUUGCUGAUUGCCUGCACCGGAGGGUGGCCGCUCAAGCACAGGAAACGCCAUCAGCUCCAGCUGUAUCCGCCUGGGAUGGUGACUUCAGCUAUGCAGAAUUAGACAAACUCUCCCGUCAGGUUGCCCGCCUCCUGCACCAGAAUGGCGUCACCAAGGGAUCUAUGGUCCCUCUGCUCCUCGAGAAGUCCAAGUGGAUGGUCGUUGGUGUGCUAGGAGUCUACCAUGCCGGUGCUGCCGCCGUGACUGUCUGCACCAGCCAUCCCGAUGCCUACGUAUCCAAGAUCCUUGAACAAACGGCAGCGCCUUGCAUACUUACGUCGCACUCUCAAGCUUCUCGACUCCAUCACCAGUCGGCUCCCGUACUGAUCAUGCCUGACGCCAUUUCUGAGAUGGCUUCUACGGGAACUGACAGCCUGCACGCCGUUGAAGUACAUCCCGAGGACCUUGCAGCGGUGAUAUUCACAUCUGGUAGCACUGGCACCCCUAAAGGCGUUCUGCUCACCCACCAGGCCAUCGCAACUUCGACGACAUACCACGGCCGCGCGGUCGGCGCCAUUCCACAGACUCGCAUUCUACAAUUUUCCUCCUAUGCCUUCGAUAUGAGUGUCAUCGAGACUUGGUACGCGCUGGCACAUGGGGGCUGUCUAUGUGUCCCAUCAGAGAAACAGCGUCUCGAGUCGUUACCGUCAUUCAUCCGCCAGCACAAAGCGAGCUGGGCUUUUUUCACCCCCAGUUUGUUGCGUACCUACGAGCCUGGGGAACUACCACUCAAGACUAUCGUGCUAGGCGGCGAGAAUGUUCCCGCUGAUCUCGUUCAGCAAUGGCACCCCCAUGCCCGCUUGUUCGACCUGUGGGGCCCCGCAGAGACGGCCGGUGCUGGAGGCUGCGCCAUUCACCCUGACCACUGGAUUCCUGGCACGUUCGGUCGUGGUGCUGGUUGUCGUCUGUGGAUCUCGCGCCCGGACGACCCAGAUCGACUGGCCGCGCUUGGCACAGUGGGUGAAGUUCUUAUCGAAGGCGAGAUCGUGGCCCAGGGGUACCUCAAUGAUCCGGAGCGCACGAGUCAGGCAAUGAUUGCACCUCCAGCAUGGCGCGCGUCAUUCCCCUUCCCUGUGUAUGGACGUUUCUUCCGCACAGGUGAUCUAGUGCAGUAUAACCCCGAUGGAUCAGUGCGGUAUGUGGCCCGUCGCGAUACCAUGGUCAAGGUGCAGGGCCAGCGUGUCGAUCUUGAUUCAAUCGAGGCCACCAUCCGCAAGUACCAGGAACAAAAGGCUGUUGCAGUCGAGGCCAUCCCUCUGCCUGGUCGGCUUGGACGCUGUGAUCCGGUAGUCAUUGCCUUUGUGGAGACAGCCCAUGGAGCUGAGCUGAAGGCAAACGGAAUAGGCCCCAUUCAGGACGUCGCAGAGUGCCGUCGAGCCGCUACGGAUCUACAGUCUCAUCUCAAUGACGCUCUCCCCAGAUUUAUGGUGCCCAGUUUUGUGGUUCCUUUGACAGCUCUUCCGUUGGGGCCAACGGGAAAAGUCGACAAGAAACGCCUUCGAGGCUCUAUGGCCCAGCAGUCUCCUGCGGCGAUUGUUGCGUGGCUACAGGGGCGCUCCACAUUAGCCCCACCAACCACAAGUAACCCCGCUCAAUCCACUCGCGGGACAUCACCGACAGCCUCAAAGCCCUCUCCACCACAAACAAACGAGGAGAGCCAGUUAGUAGCCCUCAUUGCCUCCGUCCUUGGUAUUGAUGCUUCUCUGGUUGAUCGUCAUACGCCAUUUCGCCAACUGGGAGGAGACUCGGUAUCCGCCAUACGGCUGAUGAGAUUGCUGGCCGAGCAUGGAAAGACAGUGCCGCGGACAGACCUGCUCAGAGCAAAUUGGACAGUCAGCGAACUCAUUGAUGGACUGCGCCCGACGUCACAGAAUAAUUCAGACGGACCAGCGCCAUUUUCACUAUUGCCUUCGUCUGGCCGGGAUGUGCUGCUCGACUUUGCGGCGAAGCAAUGUCACCUUCAACCGGGAGAGAUUGAGGAUAUCUAUCCCUGUACCCCACUGCAAGAAGCGCUGAUAGCUAUCACUACCGGACGUGCAGAUGGCGCGUAUGUUGACCGUUUUGUCUUUUCACCCCCAUCUCCCGAGUCAUUGGAUGCCCUUCGCAACAGCUGGGACAGGCUGGUGGAGGAGGUGCCUAUCCUACGGACGCGACUGGUACAAAAUGACACGGGGCAACUUUUCCAGGUUGUGGUGCGUCCUACCCAACACUUGCUGUGGACCGCAGAUGCAUCGAUGGAGGCCUUCCUCGGCCGAGAUGCGAGCUCCGAGAUGACGUUCGGACAACCCCUUCUGAGCAUGAGUGUAAUUGACGGUGCAGGGCCCUCUUGGCUGACUAUAGCGCUGCAUCAUGCUAUCUACGAUGGCUGGACAUGGAGUUUACUUCUUCGACGGCUAGAGCAUAUGGUACAGGGCUUUUCGCAAGCCGACAAGCUCGCGCCGUUCUCCAGCUUCGUUCAUCAUCUCCAUAAUUCCGUCGACCGAACUGAGGUUGAGAGCUUCUGGCGCCAGAAGCUAGCUGAUGUCCCGCCUAUCACAUACCCUGAGUACCCGUCUCUUGACUAUACCCCACGCACCACAACCACUGUCAAACUCGAGAUUACUGGUCCUCCAUCCACUGCUGAGGCGAGUCCCUCUGCACAGAUUCAACUUGCAUGGGCCCAGCUUCUUGGGGCGUACAGUAAUUCUUCAGAUGUUGUAUUCGGAUCCGUUCGCAGUGGACGUGAGAGACAACUUUCAGGAGUGGCCAUGACUGCUGGACCUACAAUCGCGACAGUCCCGGUCCGCAUCGUGGUUGACAAUAGACAAUCUAUCCGCAAUGCGUGGUCGCAGAUAGAAGAAGAAAUGGAAGCUUUGCAGCCCUUUCAGCACACAGGCUUGCAGCAUAUUGCGCGCUUAGGUCCCGAGGCUGCCGUGGCGGGCAAGCUGCGCAGUCUCCUGGUUGUGCAGGCUGAUCCUGAGAACACUAUCUCUCCUACCUUUGGGACAAUAAUGAGUCACCCAGGCACGGCACAAGGGGUCCCAGGUUGGGCGCUGGCUCUCAUCGUGACACCUGCGAGGGCCAAAUGGACGGUGGAGCUCCUGGUCGAUGAGGCGUUGGUCUCACGGAGGCAGGCAGUUAGGCUGACGGAGCAGUUACGCCACUUGCUUCUUCGCGGGUAUGAUGAUCCCGACAAGCUUCUUGGAGAAGUUGACCUUCUGUCUCCAUCAGAUGUAAUGGAGCUUCAAUCUUGGCAAAUCGGGGCUCCACAAUCCGUGGACGCUGACGUGGCAGCCCUCAUACAGUACCGUGCUGCCCAGGCACCUGAUACCAUCGCUGUGGAUGCCUGGGAUGGUACCUUGACUUAUGCUGAGCUCGAGCGCCACGCCGGGGCACUCGCAGUGCAGCUCCCAGUCACAGGCACGUUGGCCCUUUGCUUUGGGCGCUCUCGAUGGGUUCCUGUUGCCAUGCUCGCGGCUCUGCAGGCGGGGCGGCCAUUUGUCAUGUUAGACCCUGAACAGCCCUUGUCGAAGCGAGAGCACAUGUGUACUCGUGUCAAAGCCGUGGCGGUCUUGACUGAUGCCUCCACUCCUAAAUUUGCACAAGGACUGGGGCCCAAAGUUAUUCUCAUGGAGAAUGGACGUUUAUUGUCAGCUCCAGCCACAGGUAGUCGUUCAUCUCUUUGUCGGUCCAACCAUAAGAGUGAGAUCGCAUACAUCGUCUUCACCUCCGGCUCCACUGGUAACCCCAAAGCCGUUGUCAUCGAGCAACGCCAGUUUGCCGCAGCUGCUAUUGCACAACAGGAGAAGUUGGCCAUUUCGGCUGAAUCCCGCGUCCUCCACCUGUCAUCAUAUGCCUUUGAUUCCUUCGCCGUCGAGAUCCUGACUACGUUGACAGCAGGCGCAUGUGUUUGCAUACCUACUGACCAUGACAGUCGUCAUGAGAUUGUGGCAGCCGCGAAACAAUUCCGUGCUACCUGGUUGGUACUCACCCCAUCGCUGUUACGCCUGCUGGAAGGUGUCUCUUUACCUAGCUUGCGCACGUUGGUGGCCGUUGGUGAGUCCCUCCAGCCAUCUCAGGCGUCUUGGUGGGCACAACGCGUGCAGCUACUGUGCGGCUACGGACCAACUGAAUGCUGCACGGGAGCGUCUGCCCAGCCCAUCAAUGCCGAGGCGCCCGACGUCCGCAAUAUAGGAGCAGGCAGCGUUGGGGAGAUAGUCAUCAAGGGUCCCAUCGUGGGUCGCUGCUAUCUCGAUGAUCCCGAGCGCAGCAACCCUGUCUUCCUGGACUCCGCCCCAUGGGACACAUCUGCCGAGUCAUCCACGCGCUUGUACCGCACUGGAGACUUGGGCCGCUACAACGAUGAUGGCACAGUGACUUUCCUCGGUCGACGCGGGCCUGAGACGAAGCUCCGUGGACAGCGGCUGGACCUCAAUGCCGUUGAACAGAGACUGCAGCAGGCCUGGCCAGCUCCGGCUACUCUAUUAGCGUCGGUGGUCCGCCCCCAAGAACCAAACAGCAAUCCCAUGCUAGUUGCCUUCGUCGCUCCACAGCGAGAUCAAUCCACACCGACCUCUGACAAUAUUUUCUGUGUGCCUGACCCAGAGGUUCAGCAGGUCGCUCGUGUUGUUCAAGCAAAUUUACAUGCUCAAGGACCCUCCAUCAUGGUACCUACUUUGUUUUUACAGCUGGCAUUCUUCCCAUUAACGACCUCGGGCAAGUUCGAUCGCUCUGCUGUGCUCGGUGCAGCUGCUUCUCUGAGUAGCAAAGAGCUGCAUCGACUUGGGAGCAUUGGUGUGAGUGAGCAAGAUUGCCCGAUAUUGGACGCAGGGGAGACCGUGGCUAUUGAGCUCAGCCAAUGGCUAGAAGACAUGUGUGUUCAACAUUCCCUGGGUCCUCUCGAACGUUCAAUUCGCGGCCGCAAUGUCCGACCAACACAACUUGGGGUAGACUCUAUCCGCAUGAUUGCAUUCGCUAGUCAGAUCUCCCGGAAGUACGGUGUGCGGAUCCCUGUGACUGUACUCUUCCAAGCUGCACUCACUGUCCGCCAAAUUGCCGCUAUGAUCGAAGCUGGGGGUACAAUACCAGAUUCAGGAGACGCUGUGGCUGUGCCAGACUGGCGGAAGGACUAUCAGCGGCUAAGCGCCCGUAUUGACCAGUUGCCACGCAGCGAGAACCAAAAUACCAUGGCUUGCCGUCAGAAACCUACACCUGGCCGACGUGUAUUCCUCACCGGAGCGACAGGGUUCUUAGGCUCACGUAUCCUACAGCAGUUGGUGACAACAGCUGACGUGGAAUCGGUGACCGUACUUGUGCGGGCCCCAAGCGCAGGUGAGGCCCUUGCUCGGCUGGUAAGUUCUGCUCGUCGUGGACAAUGGUGGCGCGAUGAGUACCGCCGAAUCAUCAAGGUCUGGCGUGGUGACCUCGCCCAGCCGCAGUUAGGCCUUUCGGAUGCGCAGUGGGCGCAUCUAAGCCACGGCGACUUUGACUCCAUCAUUCACAACGGCGCCAUAGUGCACUGGGUGUAUCCCUACUCCUCGCUGCAGCCAGCCAAUGUGCAGAGUACCUUUGAGCUAUUGACCGCGAUAGCUCAGGCGCCGGGACAGCCCAUUCAAUUCACCUACGUCUCUACACUUCGACCGGGCGAGGCAGUCCUAUCCGAUGUUGAAACCUUGGCCGCAUCCGAGGCCGACGCCUCAGACGAAGACGGCGGCUACGCGCAGACAAAAGCAGUCUCCGAGCUCCUGCUCCACCGGUACUCCCAAGGUCGCGAUAGCCGCAUCGCUAUCGUCCGUCCUGGCCUCAUGAUCGGGCCCUCAGUAGAUGGCGCCCCGAACGCAGAUGACGUCCUCUGGCGCACAGUUGCAGCAGCUGUGGCGGUUGGCGGUUUCAAUGGCUCAGAGGCAGCAAUGAAUGGCUGGGUCUACCUAGCGCCUGUGGACUGGGUGGCGACCGUUGUCAUCGCCGAGACACUCCAUCCUCCGACCGAUCGUGCCACGCUAGCUCUGACUACCAUCGAAGAUGGACUUCUGGCGCACGAAUUCUGGCGUGCUAUCAGCCAAGCCACUGGCCUGGUCCGGCCGUUGGUCUCAUUGUCUGACGCGGAAUGGCUGGAUCGAGUCAAUGCGCAGCUGCAAACUCAGCGUGAGCGACAUCCGCUAUGGCCUGUCUGGGAUUUCGUGCGUGCGACGGGCGGCGCUCUGGGUCAUCCGCAAGCGGUCAAGGCGUCUGUUUGGCAUGCGGGACGUAGUGUCUUGUGGAUGACUUUACUUCGCAAUGCGCAGUAUCUCUUGUCGCUUGGUAUAGGUGACACGGAUAUGUUAGCGAGCUAUGGGAAGGACAUCCUAUUCUCUCGCACCACUGGGCUGGGGAAUAUGGCACUGGUCUAG